AUGGAUUAUAUCGUCAGAUCGCCAAGUACUCCUUCCAGCAGGAAUCACAAUGAUCUUUUUUUGCACACUCCACCGAGCGGUGCGAGCAAUGGGUCCACUGAUGAUACUUCCGCUGAUGUUUCGGCGGAACUCCAUCUCCCAAGCCGAUCUCGGUCGAGGUCACCCGGUUUCUUGAAUAUCCCUGAUGGCAGCGAUUGUCGUUCACGGAGCAGGAGUCCCUUUUCGCUUCCUUCUCCUUCUACCAUCCGGCCGCCUUCUCCGUGCAGUUCCAAAUCUUCACCUUGUACCCCGCAUAGCGAGCCGCGAGGAGGUCCCAGUGAGUUCAGUGUGUCGACCAUUCUGCCCAAUUUCCUCUAUUUAGGGCCGGAGAUAUCCACGGUCGAGCAGGCGCAAAAGUUGAAGGCUAUGGGUGUCAAACGGAUUCUCAAUAUGGCCAUCGAGUGUGAAGAUGGCCUUGGGUUGGAGGGGAUGUUUGAGAAGUACAAGAAGAUUCCAAUGAGAGAUCAUGUAGAGGAGGAUAAUAUCGUCAAAGGCAUGCGGGAGGUUUGUCAUUUUCUUGAUGACGCGCGGCUGCACUCCUCCCCAACGUUUGUACACUGCAAAGCUGGAAAGUCACGCUCCGUCACUGCUGUGAUUGCAUACCUCAUUCACGCGAACCACUGGGACCGUGAUCGAGCAUACAAUUUCAUUUCGGGACGCCGAAAGGGUAUCAGCCCGAACAUAGGGUUCAUGUCUGAAUUGAUGAACUUUGAAAAGGAGGAGCUAUGUGGCAAAGGGUUUGCUGCAGGGAGGGGAAACGAAUCGCCUGUCGCAGCUAGCACUGCAACUGACACCGGAAGUGGUGAUAGUGCGGAGUCGGGCUCGGCGCCAACUGCUGAGCAUAACGUGUCCGAGGCGACCGUUUCACGGACAGGACCGCAACUUCGCAGACUUGCUCAUAUCCGGGACUCCCUCCCACCCAAGCUUUAUCAGAAUAAUUCAUCUUCUGCCGUGCCUGGUAGUGCAGUAGACGGCUUGGGAACAAGCCUGGUUGAUCACGCGGAAGAGACGGAGGUGAAGGAUGCAGAAGGAAGGUAUAGGCAUGCAAGACGUGCACCAGUUGAUGAGUUCACGUUGCAACCUAUGCGCAGAGUUAGUAAGGCGGGGCUUGAGUCGGCUUCGUGGAAUUGA